AGAUGGCAGCAGCUCAAAGAGUUUCAAAAAGUUUUGCGUUUGGUACUCCCCAGUACUCCCGCAAGACUGCUUAUGUUUACCGCUGCCGUACCAACAUCCCAGUCACGCCCACAACGCCUCUUGCCAGCUGAAAUAAGUAAACGUCAGCCGGCUUCAGAAAACUGACGGCAUGGAGGCACUCUUUAGCAUUCCAUUCAGCAUUUUGGAAGUUCCGAACCUGAAGAUAAAGAAACCAACAUGGAUCCACGUUCCUUCAGCAAUGACAGUCUUUUCGUUGGUCGUCCUUUCUUACUUCUUGGUCACAGGAGGGAUCAUUUACGACGUCAUAGUCGAGCCUCCCAGUGUUGGAUCCACCACUGACGAGCAUGGCCAUUCAAGACCUGUCGCAUUCAUGCCCUAUCGAGUGAAUGGACAGUACAUCAUGGAAGGACUGGCAGCCAGCUUUCUGUUCACCAUGGGAGGUUUGGGUUUUGUCAUUCUUGAACAGACACAUUCCCCGGCUACUCCAAAGCUGAACAGGCUGCUGCUCAUUUUUGUUGGCUUCAUCUGCAUCCUAGUGUCUUUCUUCACGUGCUGGAUUUUUAUGAGGAUGAAGCUCCCUGGAUAUUUGCAGUCGUAGAAAUCUCGAACACCUGGAUCUUAAACGUUUUGUACAAUAUCAUAUUAUAUCGCACUUGUGAAUAAAAAAUCUGAUUUUUCUUUUCAAUUAAAAA